UCAUCUCUCUCUUCGGUGGAUGCGGACUUGAAAUUGGAAUUCAGGCGACAAACAUUGCCACGGUGCCACGCCGCAGAGUUGGUGGUACUUCAAACACGCGUCGUUUUUCCGCCACAAUUACCGUUACAGUUGUCGUUGGCUCAUUGUGCGUGGUUUCGCGCGUGCGAGAUCACUGAAAUCUGAAUUCAAAAAUCCCUGACUAGCCCUCAUACUUUAAUUGGAUAUAGAAGGAUAGAAAAAAAUAAGCUCAGAUAAAUAACGAAAUUAUUCGUUUUAUUUGGAGACGAGUAACUAGUGUUCUGUUAAAAUGCAAUAAAUGAACAAAUUUUGAGAUACUGAAUUGAACUGUCGAAAUGCCUCGAUCGAUUACAAACAAAAACAUGCACAAACAACUAAAUUUGAACUGGCAAUAUAGAGGUCAAACACUUAUCAAUUAAAAAAAAAAAUGAAUAAACGUAGUGAUUGGGAGCGCCGAUUUUAUUUGCUUAUGUACAUAAGUAUAAUUGCUGUCGUUGCUAAUGAUAUUGACUGUCUCGACACAAAUACAUUCAAAGAUAUAGAUAAAAUAAAUAUUACCGAAAAUAAAUAAAUAUUCUCUACAUACGGCUAUCGUGAUAUUAUUUAUUUCCAAUGCGUUCUAAAACUUAUAGCAAAGAGUUAAAUGUGACGCAAUACCAAUGUGAAUAUGCAAAAGUGCCAUAAAACAACUGUACAAUUAAAUGUAUGUAUGCAAGUACUUAUAGGAAUAUAUAGGUAUGAUUGCAUAUAUGUACUAUGUACGACCAAUGAACCUAGUCAGAGAAGGGAUACUCAUCACAAUAAUUAAUGGAACUCUACCCUUUAGGUAGAUUGCAUAGCAUGUCAGGAAAGCGAAAAUCGCACCCAAACAAAUUUGAUGCCAAGUCCAAGAGAAGUGUUAAAGGAUUGGAAUAUCUACAGACUGAAGGGCAGUGUGGUAUCACAAAAAACAGCCCAUCGACUAUUGGUAAAAUGCAGCAGCAGCUACUCAACAGCAAUGGAAACGAAGGAUCAGUAUCAACCGUUACCAUAAGAAGAGGCAAUGGGGCGAAUGCGAACACAGUGAAUAGGGAUACGGAUACGGAAAUGGAAAUGUGCUCGAGUAUGGUGUCAACAAGUGAUUACGAAAAUACUGACCAGGAUACCGAUUCAAAGAGUUCCAGUACAACGGACAGUUCGAACGAGUCAGAUGUUAAUAGAAGGAGUACUCACUCAACUCGAUACAUAUUAGCAAAAAAGUCGGAUUCAUGCGCAAGAUACACUAAGAAGGCGAAGAAAGCUCGUCCGAGGAAUGGAACUGACGAUACAAAAAUUAUUAUAUGCCGCAAAGAGCAGGUUAACCUUUCGAACGGCUCCGACAGUGUUGAUGUUGAUUCUCAGCUAAGAGAUAGAGUUGAAGGUGGAGUUACGGGCACCGGCUCCAUCCAGCUGCUUGAAAAUCCGAUGCGAAAAGGCGAUGACGUCGUGGCACCACAGCAUAGAAAAGUGAUUAAGCAAGAACAUAAUGUUGAUAUUAGUCCUGCGUCCGAGCUGUUGAUUCCUGCCCAACAAAAAGAAGCUAUGGAGAUGGAAAAGUUCAAUAAAAUUUCACCGAGCCGAGAAGCUAUUUCAGAAGAGAGAUGUCCGCCUACGUCCUCGUCCUCAGCAACAACCUCAUAUUUUUCAAUUUAUGGAAGAGAUCCUUCUUUAGAAUACUCUGCUAUACCUAAGCUAGGUUUUUCACAAAGAGAACAACCAGUGCUGUCUGGCUGUAUCCGGGAGGACCGUACAUAUGAAAAGGAUCACACGGUCUCCGAAAUGAUACGACAACUUCAACUGAUUAGAAGUCGCUUGCUUACACAGACUCAGUUCGAUAGCAUGACUGACAUUGAUGCAAGUAUUCAGCAGCAGCAGCAACUCCAAAAUGUGCAGAGGCUGCAGCAAGAGAGUAGCCUGCAGGAGCUGCAUCAUCAGCUGAAUACACAGUUCGGGGCAGGACGUUUUACAGCGCCGAAUCCCCAUCAUCAACAUCAAGCAACUGCUGUUAGUCCCGGCAAUUUGGUACCGUUUCUUCCAGCUUUUCUGCGUCCACCAGUACCUGCACAGCAGCUGAUACAACUAAUGCCUGGCCAUGCGAGUUCGCAGUCACAGCACAGUCAUACUCAUCAUGGACCAACGAGCGCACACAAAAUGGCUAUGCAACCAAUGUGGCCGACAGCUGCGGUCGCGGCGGCACACAUUCAGGCCGCUUUGGCGGCAGCAGCAGUGGCCGCUUCCAAUAAUAAUAACCACAGUUCUAGCAACAAUAAUCUUCUCGCAAUAUCGGCAAGUGUGAAUAAGCCGACGGAUAGCUCCGGUACACUACCAACGCUUGAGAUUGGAGCUUUGAGAGGAAGCUGCAAGUCAAGACCAGAGUCUCCCGUUCAGGAGUGUCAUAGCUAUUCAAUGCUUUCCUACAGCCACACGCCACCAGAGUCACCCCACGGUCGAACAGCCUUAGUCCAGAGUCAAAGUGUCCCAGAAGAGUGCUCCCUAACCUUCCCAUCCUCGCCGGCCGAUCAUAGCGUAGCAAGUCUUUCGGAAGCAGUUCAAGACUCCGAAAUGGAGGUUCCACUAAAUCUAACCAAGCCGAAAGGAUCGCCGGGUUCUUCUCCAACCAGUUGUUGCCCAAGAGACCAACGUGAAAGUCUUACUCCUGUCGUAUCCAGUCCGCCAUUAGGCUGGCAUCAUACAGUCCAACAUCAUUACACAGACAUGGAAGCCCCACUUUUAAAAACUCGUGGCCAAAUAUGGAAUUCUGCUGGCGUUACGGGUGAUUGUCCAACAUUAUGCCCCUCUGGUAUUGGAGUUGGCGUAUCACGGGCGGCACGGAUCAGUCGCGAUUCCACAAACAGUUGCGGCACGAAUUCAGAACGCUCCGCAGCAUUGGACCCAGACUGUUUUAACAAAAAUCAAGUUAGCCCAGGUGCUCAGCCACCGUCAUCAACUCAUCCGCAGAGACAUGGUAAUGGACACGGACAUGGCCAUGGUCACAGUCAUAGCAAGCCACACAUCAAAAGACCCAUGAACGCUUUCAUGGUAUGGGCAAAAGAUGAGCGUAGGAAGAUUUUAAAAGCUUGCCCUGACAUGCAUAAUUCAAAUAUUUCGAAAAUUUUGGGCGCCCGCUGGAAGGCUAUGUCGAAUGCAGACAAACAGCCGUACUAUGAAGAGCAAUCGCGUCUCUCAAAGCUCCACAUGGAGCAGCAUCCAGACUACCGCUACCGGCCGCGUCCCAAACGAACGUGUAUCGUGGAUGGAAAGAAGAUGCGCAUAUCAGAGUAUAAAGUAUUGAUGCGCAAUCGCCGAGCAGAGAUGAGGCAGCUCUGGUGCCGCACUGGUGGAGCUAGUACUGCGGGUCCGGGAAGUGCCUCUGCUGACUCCUGCUUAAAUGGACAGGAUGGUCCACCUCAUGUGCACGCUGCGGCUGCCGCAGCUGUCUAUCAUUUGCAGGACAUGACACAGGCUGUAGCAGCCGCCGCCGCGGCUGCAGCUCAUGGGGAUGAAUGUGGAACUCCUCCUUCACAACCGUUGGGCUGUGCGACUUCUGGCACUUUCUAUUAUCCUGCAGAGAGCUUAUCGCCCUCUGGCUUCUCAUCAGAGGAAAUGGAGAUUUCAUCCCAGCGUGAAUUAGACGACUAAGAUAGCCAUCAGCAGACUUAAGCAAGGCAUGCCAUACAAACCAGCCACAGAAUAUCUAGUUAUAUGUAUGACUUCUUGCCCUGCCCUAUAUGCCUAUAUAACGUAAGCCUCCAUGUAUGAAAAUAAGAGAAAAGAAGAUAAUGCAACGCACCUUGGGGUUGUAAAUAGAAAAAAAUUCUAGGAUAGUCCUUGUAUAGUCAUAUAAGUUUCAGUUCAAGUGCCAUUACAUAUGUAUAUUUUAAAUAAUUAUUAACUAAUAUGUGAAUCAAUUGUUCGCAGGAUGCUCCGUCUGAGUCGGCGAACCGGGACCAGCAGAGCAUUCAUGGGAACGUUGCAAUUUUUGUGCCAUUCAUGCACCAAUGCCGUAGCUAUAGAAAAAUAUCCCAAUUCACGCGUACAUAAAUAGAUAGCUAGUAACGUUUAAUAUUUGUAAAAUAUGAAUAACAUAAAUGCAUACAUACAUAGUACAUAAUAUAUACAAAUUAUGAAUGAUGUUACUCGGGCAUUGACGAUUAGAACCCACUUAUGCAUUGGGACACAUUCAACAUAAUAUACAUAUACGCAUAUCUGUACGUUAACAUUCACGUUGUUAAGAUCAUAUGCUCUAUAUACAUUCUCGUACGUACGAGUAUAUACGCCAUAAUCACACAUAAGUAUUCCUAUUUUUUACCGGUACUUAGGCGAGCUGAACGGUUUUAUGUAAGAUUGUUCAUCAUUCUUUGUGCAUAUUAUUGAUUUUCUAAGAUUCAAUUUAAACUAAUCAAUAAACCAUGCACAUACGGAAAUACAUAUAUAUAUGUAUGUAUAUUACAGUGUAUGAAAAUCUGACAUGCAUCCUACCAAUCAGCCUGUAUACCCAUCCCACAAAAACAAAAGUAAUAGUAGCGCAUUAAGUAAUAGACCAAUUAAAAAUUUAUAUUUGUCUAAUAUUAUUUGCCUUUCAUAGCAUUGUCAAAACCAAUCAAGAAUGUAAAUCUAUAAUUUGUAUAAACUCAUCAAGCCAGAUAAUCGCCAUUUAAAUGUCUUUUGCUGAUCCAAAAUUCAUACCUAAACUACAAAUUGAAAUGUUAAAAAAUCAGCUCAUAAUAUACGUACACUCAAGUACAAGCUAAACGAUUAUUUAGACACUAUAUAUGUACAUGUAAUUAAUGGCAAUAUGAUAUGUUAGUGGACUACUCUCUUAGCUUUCUUUUGGCUAUAAGCAAAGAGCACAAGCUAUCCUUGUCUAGGUGUAGGCUACAUAAAAUACAUACAUAAUUAAACACACACAAGCA